GCGCACAAUAACAGGCUGAAGACGCAGGCAACUUCGCCCUGAUGUUUGAGUGACUGUUUGACAGCGACGCUCUGCUGUAAAAAGGGUGAAGAAUAAAGACAACGGAAAUCUUAAAUGGACUAGUUCCUCCUCUUCUGAAGUGUGUUGGGAUUAGCCGAACCUCCUCAAUCCGCCACCAUGAACCUCUUCAACGAGACGACUCCACUGUGCUUCUCCAUCAACAGUCCCCCCUUCAACUACAACCAUACCAUUGCUUCCCGCAACUUCUCCACUGUGUUCAGCUCUCUGGGCCUCACCUUCAACCUCAUCGCCUUUGUGGUCCUCCUCAAGUCCUUCCAGCGCACGCACAGCCGCUCGCGCUCCUCCUUCCUCAUCUUCCUCUGCGGCCUGGUGGUCACCGACUUCAUGGGCCUCCUGGUCACCGGCAUUAUCGUGGUCUCCUUCCACUUCACCCAGUUCAACUGGCGCCGCCUGGACCCGCACUGCCACUUCUGCAACUACAUGGGCAUGUCCAUGGUCUUCUACGGCCUGUGCCCGCUGCUGCUGGGCGCCACCAUGGCCGUGGAGCGCUUCGUGGGCAUCAACCGGCCGUUCGCCCGCUCGACCAGCAUGCCCAAGUCGCGGGCCAUGUGCAUAGUGCUGAUGGUGUGGACGGUAGCGGGGUGCAUCUCACUGCUGCCCCUGGUGGGCGUGGGGAGCUAUCACAUGCAGAUACCGGGCUCCUGGUGCUUCUUCAACAUUGGCUCGGAGGCUAGCGACAUGGCCUUCUGCCUGCUCUUCUCACUGGUGGGGCUGCUGUGCAUCGCCGUGUCCUUCCUGCUCAACACGGUGAGCGUGGUGACCCUGGUCAAGGUGUGCUGCGGCCAGGACGCUACGCAGCGUCGCCGCGACUACGAGGUGGAGAUGAUGGUGCAGCUCAUCUGGAUCAUGAUGAUCGCUUCCAUCUGCUGGUGCCCCCUGCUGGUGUUUAUUGCGGAGACUGUGUUGUCAGGGAGCCCACCUAGGAUUCGCUACCUGCUACUCUUCAUCCGCUUCGCCACCUGGAACCAGAUCCUGGACCCCUGGGUGUACAUACUGUUUCGCCGCGCCGUCCUCAAGCGCCUCUACCCAAGUUGGGACUGGUCCCGGGGUUCCAUAAGGACCCUGUACCCCGCCUCCUUUGUCGGCACCAUCCGCCGGUUCACCCGCGCCUCCCUGGGCGGCGACUUCCAGGGGGGUAGCGAAAGGGCCAUGUCAGUCGAACCCCAGUCGUUUAACGUGAAGGCUCCACCUUCAUCGCCUUGACUGUUUCCUGUUGUUGUGCAUUGGUGCACAUCCUCGUAGGGGACAUUUUUAUUUAUAUGGUUUUUAGGUGCUGUUUAGACAGUUCUUAAAAGAGACUGAACAUGGAUACGGCUGUGGCAUCCCACUGGGCACAAACUGGUUGAAUCAACGUUGUUUCAAUGUAAUUUGUCAAUGUAUUGUGACGUGGAAUCUAUGUGGAAAAUACAUUGGAUUUGAAAAAAGUAAUCAACGUAAACUGUUUUGAGGGUGAAAUUAGAUUAUGUCAUAAUUGUAACCAAUUUUCCACAUAGACUAACCUUGUAUGAAAUAUGUUACAUUUGUACCUUUGAAACAACGGCAGAUCUUCAACGUUAUAUCAACUAUCAGAAGAUAAAAAACUAUAGGCUGAGCAGCACCUCUUACUGGAGAGUCGAUCUAUCUACAGCUAUUCAUGUGGGCUCUCAUCCAGGGUUUUAACCAAGCUCAGCCUUUAUACUUGUCACUGACUACCACCAAUGUGCCGUCGUGAGAAUUAUUAUUGAGAGAUCUCUUAAUAACUAAAUAUAUUCACCGUUGCUAUCGAAGUCAUUCCAAAGGGUAGGUUUAACAGAGCAAAUGAAAUGUAACCAUACUUUAUGUCAUAUAUCAUCAAUUAUACUAUUUUAGGCCUAUGUAGCAUUUGCAAAGACAUCAACAGCUGUUGUUUCAAUUCAACCCAGAAAAAAUAUAUAUAUACAGUACCAGUGAAAAGUUUGGACACACCUAUUCAUU